AUGCCCAGAGGCCUCGGCUGCCCGGUGAGCCCUGAGGGGGCGGGAGGCAGAUACGAGACCCCCCCGGCGUCAGAGCUCCAGAGGCUGAUGUGGACAAAGAAAGGGAGCUGCAACCAUCUGGAUGAGGUUCAGCCCAGGAUCUUUAUCGGAGACAUGUACGCAGCCAAAGACAAGAGGACCCUCCAGGCUCACCGCAUCACCCACGUGCUCAACGCCGCCGACGGGAAGUUCAACGUGAACACGGGGCCGAGCUUCUACAGACACACCAGCAUCACUUAUCAUGGAGUGGAAGCUUUUGACAUGGCGUCCUUUAACUUGAGCCCCUUCUUUUACUCAGCCGCCAAUUUCAUCAAGAACGCUCUGAGCUCGCCCACAGGUAAAGUGUUUGUCCACUGCGCGAUGGGCCUCAGCCGCUCGUCCACCUUGGUCCUGGCGUAUCUGGUGAUCCACGGGAACAUGACGCUGGUGGACGCCAUCAAAGCCGUCAGCGUGAACAGAAACAUCUCGCCCAACGCCGGCUUCCUGGAGCAGCUGAGAGAGCUGGACAAACAACUGCACUACCAAGGGUCCUCGAGGAGCGGGAACGGAAACAGACGAACUUGA